UCUCGCUCUGUCUCUCUAGCUGCAUCACUCAGGACUGUAAAGCUGUAGCUACUAUUACUGUUAACCAUAACGGUGUGUGUACUCUACUGUCCUGUGGACUCUUGGAUAUUAUUGCAGACUACGUCUUCAGAGAUACUCUACCAGAGAAUAACUAUGGCUCUAUCACUGAACUCCAUCCUGUCUCUCACCAUCAUCACACUCUGUGUGCUCCUGCAGGAGGGUUUUGGGCUACCUGUAUCCAGCCAGCCUGAGCUCCCUGCCCAGUCCCCAUCCCAGAACAGCCCACACCACACCAGGGUUAAACGAUGCUCCUGCAAUAACUGGCUGGACAAUGAAUGCAUCUACUUCUGUCACCUGGACAUCAUUUGGGUCAACACUCCCAAUAAGGUCAUCCCCUACGGUCUUGGAAGCCCCCUGUCCCGACGUCGGCGCUCUACCGGGCGAUGUGAAUGUGCCCACCCAGCCGACAGGACCUGCUCCGGAUUCUGCCACAACAGCUCAGAGAACCCCAGAUUCGUAGUGGUAGGCCCCUCAGACCAGAUCCUGGAACAGACUGUUAGCAGUCCAGACACAACCAGCAACGAUCUACUGACCUCUCUCAGAAACAUGGUCCGAUCCAACAUGGUUGCCAUUGAGCAGGCUGCUCCCUCCAGGAAGAAGAACGCAUCCAGAGCCAACAGACUGAACAUUGGGUAGAUGAGGAGGAGGGAGGAAGGGGAGCUGAAAGAGGAGCUUGAAGAGCUCCAGAGCAUCCGAACAAAGACCUCCUAGAGGAAACUAGGGAGUCCUCCCCAGGGAAGACAUAGAAGAGAGGUCCUGAGAGGAGAGACCCUGAGAAGAGGGCAAAGAUGGAACACUGCCUACUGGCUGCCCACUGAUUGUUGUAUACCAUACAGUGGACUGGAUAUGGCCAUUAUCUGGAUAUGAGUCUUGGACUAAUUUGGCUAAGACUCUGGUUUAGAAGACUAGGGAGGAUCAAGUGUGUCCACUGUGAACUGUGACAGUCUGGACUAGGAUAGUUACUGACUGUGUGCUGGGCAUGGGUUGUCAUCAUGUCCCAAACAUUAAUACACUUUCUGUGUCUGAGCACCUGAAAUGCAAGCCAAGGCAUUCUGGAGUGAUGUUAGCCUAUGUUUAAUUUACAGGCUUACUUCAUUAGUACUUUGGAAAUAUUGACCACUAUUUUCAUUUGGAUUUUGAUCCUUACUUUACCUGUCACAUGACAUCUACUAUAUCAUAGAAUAACAAAAUACAUAAAGAUUGUUCCUCUGUAUCAGAGAUGUAUUGCCAGUUUAUAGUGAUUGCCAUGCAUGCAUUUAAAUUCCUUGAAAUACUUUUGGCACAUGAAGGACAUUACUUUAAGGGACAGGGAAUUAAUACACACACAGCCUUCCUGUAGCAGCAGAUAAAAGCAGGUCUAUUGUGAUGGCGGGAGUAUUUAUUGCAUAGCCACCGUUGAAUGUUUUGAUUGUAGACAGAGCCAAGGCAGCAGAUUUCAAUGGGUCUGCUCCUUGCCAAAUAUGCAGUGACUGUUUUUCUGCUUUCAACAAAUGUCCAUGUUAUUACACAUUAGGAACUUAUGACACUGCACUUCUGUUCUAAUGCCUUCAAAGGAAUGUGUUUUUAUGUCCAGUAGACUGUAGAUGGGUUGGGCUGAUAGCUGUACUCCAGCCACUGUCUGACCAUUAAGGCAUUUACUGUAAACACUACAUCAGUCUUCCACUGAUUUUGAAGUCCAAUAUCACAAUGCUGUAAAUUUAUGAUAUGAUUAUUUAUUUAUCGUUUGUGUGUUGUUUAGGAAUUAGUGUAUCAAAAUGCUGGACUGUGCUUUUGUUUUAUGGACUGUUAUCUCUAGAAGGACAAUUCCUCCUCAGUAGUCUAUUUAGCAGUCAAGGAAACUGUAGGAAGUUGAAAGAAAUGUUUACUUAUGAAUUGUUCUAUUCCAAGCUAUUCACAUUAUCUACUGUACAUGUACAAAACUCUCCAAUUAUUUAUUUAACUUAUUUUUGGGAUAUAUUUAUAUAUUUGUGUUUUGUGAGUUUAUCAAUUUUAAUAUG